AUGGAGUAUAAGUGUAAUAAUUUGUGCUCGUCGAAGGCUCGUGUGGCUGCUCGUGAGGUUGCUAGCAGCAGUGGACAGUUUUCUCAUGUGUGUUUGGUCCUCCGGAGCCUCUGCUUCACCGUGACUCUUCCUCUUCUUCUUCUUCCUCUUCCUCUUCCUCUUGCUGAUUCCCGCCCACAGCGAAAUCUGAUUGGUCCAGAAUCCCGCCAUGACGUGUCGCGUACUUUUGACGCGAGCGUGUGUGAUUCCGGGAGCGCGUUCCGUUCGACGCGUCUCAGCAGCAAGUCAAUAAACUCAAUGGCGGUGACGGAGAAACUCAUCCAGGCGGUGCACGCGUACCCGGUGCUUUAUGACGCUUCGCUGCACGAUUAUCGCAGCGCGGAGCGGAGGGUGAAGGCGUGGAGGGAGGUCGCCGCGUGCGUCGGGUUCUCCGUGCUGGAGUGCAAGCGCAGAUGGAAGACCAUCAGGGACAGAUACAUCCGAGAGCGCAGGCUGUGCCAGCUGAGGACGGAGGAGGGCGGCCGGCGCCUGCAUUACUGGUCACACAGAGAAACCCUGGCCUUUCUGGACGCUCACAUCAGGAAGAAGAAGCGUCACGGUGAAGCCGAGGCUCCGGAGGAGCUGGACGACUCUCCCGAUGACUCCAGCGGCGCCGAGUCGAAGCCCGGCCCGGAGAAAGAGAAGGAGCUGGUGCUCAAGCCCUUGUCUCCGCUGCCGCUGCCCAUCGUCCCUCAGCUGCCGGCGGUCAAACAGGUGCCGCCGAUGACCCAGCUGCUGCUCGCCGGUCUGCCUCCGGGACUGAAGGUGUCCAGUCCAGCGCCGCUGAGCCUCACCACAAACAACCUCAACGGGAAGCUGGAGGAGAACGAGGCGCUGAAGAGCGAGCGAGCCUUCGACGAGGACGAGCUGUUCCUCUUGAGUUACGUCCCUGCUCUCAAAAGACUGACGCCGCAGAAAAGAGCCGCAGUCAAGAUGCAGAUCCAGCAGAUCAUGUUUGACGCAGAGUUCAAAGAGCACUGAACGCUUCCUUCAACUCACUCCAGUCGCUUUUUACUUACUUUAUACCUUUUAGAAUAAGAGUCGCUUUCUUUCUGUUUGAAUGUUGGAACAAUUCGUUAUUCUUGGUGCAAAAGACCCAGAUAUCAGACUGGAAGAAGAAGUGUGUGGAGAGACAUUAAAAGGUUCUGCUCAUUGUGUGUCCGGACGUUAUUCAGUCAAAUGCUUGAUUUGAAACUGACUGAAGAAAAUGAAGAUGUUCAGCAUUAAAUGUCACUUAAUGGAGAGUUUUCAGAUAAACCGUGAAUAUAAUGUUUGCCAGCGACUAAAUGAAUCUGUGUGGUGUUGUGUUUUGAUUCAUAAAAGCAUGAACUUGAGGAAAAGUGACUCGGUUGAUCAUCAGAACUAAAUCUAAGAUGAAACAUGAGACUGAACGAUUCAGUCUUCAUCCCCAAAACAUCUCUGCAUCUUUCACAACAAACCAUGCUUUCUUUCUGUAAAUAUCUCUGUUUGAACGAGGUUUGUGCUAAAGAAGCAUCUUCAUCUUCUCUGAGAAUCAAUCAAUCAUGAAUCUGAGGCUUGAGAAGCAAACAAUCUCACUCUUUAUUUGUGUCCUGCUUAUCUGUGCGGCUCAAGACAGAUGUUAAAAAGCCGUUAAUUCCUGGAUGAAAAGCACGUAUAGUAUAUGGACGUGUAUGAUUACGAAGGAGUCAAGUGUUUCUGUUCACGUCUGAAAUUCAGAUAUAGCUUUAUUUUAAGCACCAUGACCUACAAAUAUGAAACAUGUUCUGACAGAAAGAGUUGAAUUUGCAUCUAAACUGACCAAGCAAAUAUGUGCUCGUGUUUAAUUAUUAAACUCUGCUUUCUGAAUUUCACCCCAAAACUAAAUAUCAUGAUCCCUAAAACACUUAAGCAAGAAAAAAAGAAAGAUAUUGUUAAGAUAUCCUUUUGAUAUGAAAUGUGAUUUUUCUGCGAUGUUCUAAACUUGGUCUUUAUUGUUGGUUUAUUCAUAAAAAAUAAAUAAAGUAAGCCCUGCUUUAGCACA